UGACGUUGACGGUUGACGAAAGAAUAGACACUCGGAAUCUUGGUAUCAUUUCAUUUUCUAAUUUUCGUGGUUCCUACCAUUAAGGACAAAACCAUAAAAAGGAUCAUUGUAUUGUUUUGUACGAUCAUUGACGAUUGACUGCACGAUUGAUGCACCUGCAACACCCUACUUACGACCUGUUUGUUUUCGUUUAAAUUUUAUCACUCAGGAGUCAAUACUUGUCUCAUGGGUCUCAAACAUUCACACUCAAUUCUACGAAAACAUUUAAGGAAGUCAACACUAGCCUAUAAGUUGUGUUUAGGUAUUGUUAAAAUUACAUUUGUGUCAACCCAAGGCUAGCCCAACGAUGUAAAGAACUAGCCUCAUAAGCUGGUCAGAAAAUACUUUAUUUAAAUAGGCCUACAAUUAUUUAUAUUACAGAGGACAUUGUCACUAGGCUGCAAUUAAAUUAAGUAGGUUUUAGGUAAAUAUAGUUAGGCCUAUAGAUAAGUAAACUGGCAGUAAUGGUUCGUCAAAAACCAGGACAGAAGCUAGAGAAGCCUAAAAAUACCAAGGAGAAACCUUCAAUAACCUCAAGGGAAUGUUUAAGAGAUGAAAAGGAAAAUAGUAGUUCCUUCGCUCGAAGAGCAAAGCAGGUACUAGUUGCAGUUAUUGUGGCAAUCGCCGCAUAUAUUGCUGGGAAAGGCUACUUGGAAACCAGAGUUAAUACUCCAUUUGAUGAUCAUAAGGUUGUGACAGAAAGUGGUUUAAUGGUUCCAGAUCGUUAUUGGGGUUCAUAUAGGCCUGGAAACUACUUCGGUUUGAAAACGAGAGAACCUCACUCUCCAGUUUUUGGAUUGAUGUGGUAUUUUCCAAAUAGAAUUGGUCCAGAAGGUAUAAGUAUACGCCAUUGGUGUGAACAAGGGGACCGGUUGGAAAGGUACACUUGGAUUAAGCAUGAUGGUCGCAACUUUGGAGUGCAGGAAAUAGACGACGGGCCGGUGAGACUGACAACUUCAUUUGUGAAGCAACCAGGAGGAGAACAUGGAGGCGACUGGACAGCUCGAGUGUCUGUUUCACUUAGGAAGCAGGGAGCCAAAGCAGAACCCAUUGCCCUGCUCCUGUAUACGGCUCUGGACACACAUACGCAAGGCCGCCUCAGUCAAUACCCUGGCAGUGUGCUUCCUGGGAUGGUGGGUGAGACAGACAAACUUGGGGCCUUUACUAUCAAAUUGUACAAUAUAUCUGGUACAAUAGAAUACGAGUCGCACCUCGCAGCCCAAGGUAAAGGUCUGCACUUGCUGAAGGAAGUGGUAAUGUCAACUAUGCGACUUGUUACUGUCAAAGGUGUCAAGCAGAUACUCUUACCUGGUGACAUUACUAGAGGAGUUCCAGCUAACUUCACAGUUACAUCAGUCACUACUCGAGUACCUUUUGAAAUGGAUGUUGUUUUUGAAUCUGGUAGCAAUUUUAAUAGACCAAACACAUUGACCGGUCAAGUAUACUAUGAUUUAUUGCAGAAAAAUAUUGAAGAGUUUGAUAAUAAAUUUGAAAGCAUCUUUAAAUUGAAGCAAAAGGGAUUUCAAGAAGAAGAAAUUAUCUUUGCUCAAUCAGCCUUAAGUAAUCUGGUUGGAGGAAUUGGUUACUUUUAUGGAUCAUCAAGAGUAAUAUCUGAUCAUUUAGAACAUCCUGUUCCUUAUUGGAAGGCUCCUUUAUACACUUCAGUGCCUUCGAGAAGUUUUUUCCCCAGAGGAUUUCUCUGGGAUGAAGGAUUUCACGGUUUAUUAAUUGCGUCGUGGGAUCUUGAAAUUGAAUUGGACAUCAUGAGUCAUUGGUUCGAUCUUAUGAAUGUUGAGGGUUGGAUUCCCCGUGAACAAAUUUUAGGUGUGGAGUCUCUAGCUAAAGUUCCUGAGGAGUUUGUAACUCAAAUAAAUUCCAACGCAAAUCCUCCCACAUUUUUUCUCACAUUAAAUUACAUAAUAAAACACUACGGAGAUAGGCUAGUAAGUGAAAACCGAUUGGGAACUUUAGAGCGCAUGUAUACCAGAUUGGUGAAAUGGUUUGAUUGGUACAACACUACACAAACAGGUGAAUUACCAGGAGCGUACCGAUGGAGAGGAAGAGACAGCAAAACCAACUUGGAACUCAACCCCAAAACUCUGGCAUCUGGCUUAGAUGACUAUCCGAGAGCUUCUCAUCCCACUGUAGAUGAGCGUCAUGUUGAUCUCUUUUGUUGGAUCACUCUUGGAGCCAAAGUUUUAACUGAAAUUGCUCUUUUGCUGAACAGACAAGGGGAAAAGUAUGCUAACACAUUCAAAUAUCUGUCGAACAAUCAGCUUCUUGACCGGAUGCAUUGGUCGUACAAGAGAAACACCUAUGCUGACUUUGGUCUUCAUACAGACGAAGUGAUAUUAGAAAAACCUCCGCCCUCUCCCAGGCAACAUGGCCCUCCCAUCUCUCAGCCGUACCGUAGAGUCGUUAUCAAGGAUCCUGAACUCCAGUUUGUAGACUCUAACUUUGGAUAUGUAAGUCUGUUUCCCUUGUUCCUUGAAAUUUUGGACCCAGAAUCACCAAAGUUAUUAACUCUUCUAAAAGAUUUGAAGAACUCCGACUAUUUAUGGACAAAUUACGGUCUACGAUCUCUCUCCAAAAAUUCUCCCAUUUAUAUGAAAAGAAACACUGAACACGAUCCACCAUAUUGGAGAGGACCGAUAUGGAUUAAUAUGAAUUAUUUAGCUUUAAAAUCUUUAAACCAUUACACUCAGGAGAAAGGGCCUCAUUCAGACUUAGCAAAGACAUUAUACGAUAGUCUGAGACAAAACCUCAUUAAAAAUAUGUUGAAGGAGUACAAACGCUCAGGCUACGUGUGGGAACAGUAUGAUGACAACACCGGCCUCGGACAAAGAAGUCACCCUUUCACUGGCUGGAGCUCUCUCAUUGUUCUGGUCAUGGGAGAGAUUUACUAAAACAAAUCUUCAAACUUGUUGUAUAAUCUAUUUCUAUGAAUUAGAUUCAAAUGAAUUUAUUUACGGGUGCAUUGUCUUUUACAAUCAUGUCUAAUUGAUAAACAGAACACAAGAUACUGACUUGUUACUUAAGGUUUGAGUUUUUUAAAUACCUGUGAUAUGUGCAGCUAUUGCACUAUUAUCCAUCUGAAAACCCAUCAAUAAUAUUUCAUAUUGUCAUAACCCACUGAAUUAAAGACUAAACUUAUACUUCGUUCACAAUAAUAUUUAUGAGGUUUGAGGGGAAGUUCCCCCACAACUAUUUGGUAUUUAUUGUAUGUUGCUUGUAUGUUGUUUGUUAUCUUACUUAUGCUAUUAUUUUAAAGGUAAGGGCCAAAUAGAGGGGAUAGAUUUCUUCCCUUAAAAUCGCCUAAAUAUUGUGAACGAAGUAUAUAGUUCUGGAAUGAGAUUAGGAACACCUGUACAAAAAAUGUUUUUUUUUUGGGGGAUACCACUUGACAAUUAAUAUUUCUUUACAGACUAUUAACUAUAAACCUCACAAACGUACAAUAUGUUUGCACAUGGUUCACAUUGAUAUUGGAAAGUUAAGGAAAAAGUCUUUGGCCAAUUAAUUUACAGGAUUAAAAUCAUAGCCUAGAUUAAGCAAGCAUAGCCUACCUACUUAAUUGAGCAAUUAUUGAUGUACCCAGUUUUAAGAACAAUAUUAAUCAACAUGAUGGUUGCCUUUGUUCUUGAGUAUAUGUAAAUAAAAACUAAUACACAUUUUGCUGCAUGGUGCAGCAUAUCCAGGAUCUUCACUAAAACACUAACUUAUGCAAAGAAAUGAUAGUACCUAUUUUAAAUAAUUUUUAAAACAUCAACUUAUGAAAAAGGAAACAACCAAGUACACAUCAAGUACUCAAGUUUUGUAACAGGAUAAAAAUUCGACUUGUACUAUUCUAAGUCAUUGGUAAAAACUUAAAAUGUACAGAAACCUUAGGAUAUUUGCUGCAAUAGUGGAUUUUAAAGCCAAUUUGAGUGCCAUAGCAGUAACCCUAAAAAAUAGUCUAAUAAACUACUAGCUUGACUAGUCAAUGCUACUACACUGUUUUUUAGUUUAACUUCUCUACAGUUUUAUAAAUUUGUAUUUAUGCUCAUGAUGGUUUCACAUUUUUUAGUAACUCUGUGCAUUGAAUUACAAAAUAAGACCUUUACUGCCUCAAAAGUAACAUUGACAAAAUGUCAUAUCUUUUAUCAAGAAACAUAGGAGUAUUCACCAUAACACACAAUCCUUACUUUGCUUAUCUGUUUCAACCUAUACAAUCUUUCAGUUCUAGUGUCCACAAGAUGAUCCCUUCUCAGAACUUGUAGGUCAAGACCAAGCCUACACAUUUAACACUGUUCAGAGGUUUAGCCGAUUAAAAACAUUGAGCUAUAGUUAUGUCUGAAGGUUGAACUUGGUGAGAGAAAUCUGGACCGUUUUUGACUUAAAUUGCCAAAAAGUUUUUUCCCAUUUUCUGUCUAUUUAUUCUAAUUUUAUUUCAUAUGUAUAAUGGGUUGAAAUAAAAUUACAGUUAAAGAUUUUCUCCUGCCUUCCUGUUAAGACACUUCUAUUGAUUUGGAAAUUGGCUGAAAAACAAGUUGGCAUAUAGUAAAAUUAUAACAUAAUGGUUUAUUGGUAUAAAUUGUGUUUUAUUGGUUGGAAUGAAGUUUUCUAUUUAUAGAUUAAAAUAUUCACAGUGUAUGCCUUAUAUAUGUUUCAAAAUUCAAUACUCAAAAUCCCACCUCACGACACCGCUACCAAAUCAACCUAAGCUCUUUUUUGGAAUCAAACUCUUAUUCAUGUGCUACUUCCAUGACCAGAGCCUGUUUUCUAAAAACUAUAGUGUAUUGUCACCACUAUGUCUGUAAUUUCUUUUUUCUCUUCUGCCUGAGAUUCCAAGCAACAGAAGCCUCUUUGAGGCUACUCUGAGACUCCACCUACGCAUCUUAGAUAGCCUCCUUGUAAAACUUUGCUUCCUCUUCCUUAUCCUUUGUCAUGACAUUUUCAUAUUCUACACUGAUGAUGAUGCCUUUCGACUUGUUGCUGUUAACACUUUUUAGUUGUUGUGCUAUUUAUAUUCUUAUUGUAUUGUAAUUUGUAAAUAUUGUAAAUAAAAUGGUAAAUAGAAUUUGUUAUACAUUUUGUUAAAUUGAAGCUCAAAUAAACUUUUAAGACAUAA